GUAAACGUUAAAAUACCAGUUGAUCGUGUGUAUAAAGUCGGAAAAGUAAACUUCUUAACUUCGUUGCUAUAGCCGUCGGUGUGCGAUCGUUUACAUGUCAAUCAAGAACAUAGCUCGUGGAAAUAUCGGAAAAGCAUUGAAAAAAGAAACAACAACGUAAACGGGGAAAAUUGAAAACAAAAAAAAAAAAAAUACAGAGAACUGCAAACAAAAUGAUCGCCCGAACAAAAUAACAAUUGAUGUGUAAAGUUUUCUCUCUCGUAAACUUACAUAACAGAACUACACUCGUUGCCACCUGUGAGAGAGAGUGAGAGCCCUGCCAGAAUCCAUUAUUUCUUCGCGAUAUGUUCUUAAUUCUUGGAAAAAGGAGUGGAAUGGUGGCAAAGACGUAAAUUACAAACAAACAUUCGAGAUAAUAAUGGUGGUGCAAUAAAAGUGGCAGCAAAUACCUGCUCACAUCCCUCUCCCCCGUAAAAAAGAAAUCAGUCAGUGAAAUUUUGUGAUAAUCUAUCAGAUAUUUUUUGUUAAUACUAUUAUACAAAGAUAUAAAAAUUCAUCAGGUUUGUCGUCAUACGCCUCCGCUGCCGCCGCCGCUUACGACGCCGAAAUCGACGACAACGCCGCAGUGUAUAUAGAAAAUAACAUGAUGACUGCUUCCAAGGUAUAGUGUAUAGUCGAAAGUUAACAUAAUUAUCGAGAAUAUCUUAAAGUCGAAGCAAAACUGAAAAUACCAAUAAAAGUAUUAUAAGCUAAUCCGUUGGCUGGCGGAGUAGUAGGGAGGGGGGAAACACUGAGAAAAAUAUUGUCUCAUCAUCACCACCAUCAUAAUGGCUGAAUCGGGGAUCGAUUUAGAUUUCAAUUUCGAGAUCGAUUAUUGUCUAAUGGACGAGGAUAAAUAUGACGAUGUGUUGCCUGCGGUCAAGGUGUCCGGGCCGCAUUCGGACGAGGUGGAAUUUUAUGAGUUGAAGUCUGCCACCCAAUCGAUACGGCCCGAUAGCAUACCGACUUUCAAGACAGUCACACCCACCUCAAGGACACACUUGAAGUUGCAGUUGCAACGGGAGCAGCAACAGGAGAUGGAACGUUUGGAGGCUGAGAAACGCGAGGCUGAAGCUCUUGAAAUGCAGAGACAACAGCAGCAGCAACAACUUAUUCAGCAGCGUCAACAUCACCAACAGCAGCAACAGCAAAUCUAUAACCUCCAACAACAACAACAACAGCAGCAACAGCAUCAACAAAGUAGUUCCCCCCAACUUGUGGUGAAUAGUAACGGCGGCUCUAAUCGCCGGUUUGAUCACCACUCAAACAGCAACAGUUUUAAUUCCACCCCCCAAUCCAGCCCAAUGACCCUAAAAGUCCCCAUUGAAGUGGAUGUACCGCAGCAGGUGUUGCAAGUACGCACAGUCUUGGAAAAUCCCACACGUUACCAUGUGAUACAAAAGCAAAAGAAUCAGGUGCGCCAGUAUUUAAGUGAAUCAUUUAAGCAAUCAGAAUGGAGUGGCCAACUGUUUCAGAACAAAAACUCAGGUACCUCGGCCUCUGCAGGCAACCUCAAGUUGGCCGUGGCCAAUUCCACACAGGAUCGUUCCAGCAGCUACACCGGAGCAGGCAUGGCCAGCAAUAACAAUGCAAACGAAUCUAACCACAACUCUCCGAGGCAUGUGCGUUUGACCCCAACAUCUACUACACCAAAUAGUAGUGUCUCCAUGAUGGAUGAUGCCAUUACUUUGUCACCCUACAGUGUGGGGGCCAGUAGUAGUAAUAAUAAUAACAAUUCCGUGCCUUACUACAGUGGCAAUAUGAGUGCGAACAAUGGAGGUGGUGGAGGAGAGCAGCAAAAAACAACAACAGCGAACAAAAAACCUAGCAAUGGCGGCAAUUCGAUUUCGUCUUUGGCUAGUCGCUCAAGUCCUGGAAAUCUAGUUACUUUAAUGCGCAACACCAACUUAUUGGCAACAACAGCAAAUGGUUCUGCACCCAGUAAUGUAACCAGUCCUUUACACUCGACACCCAUGUCACCGAGCCUUAGCUCAGUCGCUACUAGCACCUCCGAACUGCCUUCGUUUGAGAGCGAUGCAGACUUGGAUUUUGACGACAUACUUCACAACAUGGAUUCUCGUCAUUUGAAUGAUACUCUUCGAAUGGAUGAUGGUGGCAGUAGCUUCUCCUCCGAGUUAAAUAUCAAACAAGAGCCAAAUUCUUUCUCCGAAGUCGAAGCACACGCUUUGGCCAAAGAUCGGCAAAAGAAGGACAAUCACAACAUGAUUGAAAGACGCAGGCGUUUUAACAUAAACGAUCGUAUAAAAGAAUUAGGCACACUACUACCCAAAACUAAUGAUCCCUAUUAUGAAGUGGUGCGCGACAUACGGCCUAAUAAGGGCACCAUACUUAAGAGUUCGGUGGACUACAUAAAGUGCUUGAAGCAUGAAAUUUCUCGUCUGAAACAAAACGAAUAUCGUCAUCGCCAGACAGAAGUACAGAAUCGUCGACUCAUGAAUCGAAUCAAAGAGCUGGAAAUGCAGGCCAAAUCACAUGGCUUGCCUCUGACCGAUUUUAGUGUGACUUCUGUUUCAGCGCCCACAACUCGAACUUCCUUCCUAAAAUGUCCUAGUCCAACAUCAUUGAAUCAUCACUCGACGCCUCAAAUCAACGAUGCUACACAACAGCAACAGCAACAGCCAAUGGAUACAAAGCCGCUGCCCACAAUAGAGAGCAGCAAGAGUAACCUCAGUAUUAAUACCAAUGAAGAAAUGAUGGAGGACACCAAGCCUGUGAUUCAGGGCGAUGAUCCCAUGUUCUCUUCGUCUUCAUCGCACAAUGGCGGCCAGUUAAUGUCAGCUUCUCAUUCCCCCAACCUGAACAAUAGCAGCAACAACAACAACCAGAAUAACAGCUCAUCAAUGCAAAUGCAAUGUAGUGUGCAUAGCUUCAACUCGAAUGGCAACGAUUGUGGCCAUGAACAUGCUCACAAUAGCAAUCAUCAUCUUUCCAUAGAUGACUUAUAUGUUUGUGGCUCUGCGAUGCCAUCGCCUACGAGUGGAAAUAACAACGGCUCGAUGGCAUACAAAUCAACGACAAGUUGCUGUGGUGAUAAUGCCGCAACUAUUGUGGUAAACAGCAGUUGCUGCAACCUGGGCGAUGGAGGGUGUAGUCUUGGCUCAAACAAUUGUAGCAGCAACAACUGCGACCACAAUCAUCUGCAUCUCAAUCAGCACGCACAUCUGCAUGGUCAUCAACACGCCCUCGCCCACCACCAUCAUCAUCAGACCAGCAACAACAGUCUGCUCCAGUGUCCACCAAGUCCCAGUAAUGGCAGCAGUGGUAGUAGUCCCAAUUUCGGUCUAUUGUCGAUGGGAGAUCACAGUCAUUUGCAUUAUCACCACCAUCAUCAUCACAGUGACAGCUAUCCCACAUCCCCUUCGUCGCUGCAGCACGGGCGAGAUCCCUUGCUCUCCUCAUCGCAUCAACAUGCGCUAGAUGCACAAAGUCAUUUGGACACUUUGGAUCCCACGCAGCAUCAUCACUUGCACCCUAUGCGCGAUGAUAACGAUGGCGUCGACGAUGUUGGCCACCAUCACCAUCAUCAUAACUCUGUAGAUCUCUCACAUGCCAUAAUGGGCGAUCAGUUGUCUAUGGUGACCUCGGGGCCAAGCGAAUCCCUGCUACUGUCACCAGAUUCGCUGGACAUUGAUAUGCCUUGAUGAACGGCCAGUAACGACAACGAUGCAAUCAUAGAUGUAACGUCACAAAAAAUGCUAAAACUUAAAUCCAACUCAAAUCUCUAUUCAGCCCAAACCAACCCACCUACUCCCCUGAUACACACACCAACACGAAGCUUGGUUAUGUCGAGCUCGACCACAGCUGGCUAUCCACCAGCCAAGCAACCAAUCACCCCCUUCUUAGACUAUCUAUGUACACUUAGGACUUAUCAUAGUAAAUCUAUACAUAUGUACUUUAAACAUGAAAGCAAUGACUACUACUUCAUAUUUAACUCUAUAUAUAGACAUCUGAAAGAAAAUAUUUUUAUUAUUAUUUGUUUCUAAGGAACGGCGGCCAAAUUACUUUGACAAAUUUUUAUAUUGGAAAUUUGCAUGUAUUUUUUGUAUUAUUUUGUUUUAUUUUUUCUACUUCUAUUUCGUUGUCCUGAAACACUCUGUUAGCUUUGAUGAAAUCAUAUUAAGUAAAUUACAAACUCGAGUCGUUCCAGCAGUAUAGGGCGAUUUUUUUGUAACAACGAAAUCGUCGCAUCACUUUUGUUGUCUUCAAUUAAAGAAACUUGUAAUAGUUUGUUUUAUUUUAUUGUUAGCAUUAUUAUUAUGAUUAUGAUAACUUUAAUGAUUUUGUUUUCCUUUAGACAACGAAUAUUUUGUUCGUUUCGAUUUACCAUAGAAUUUAAGUUCGACCUUGUCGCCAAGCUACAGUUUUUUUAAAGAACUAUAAGAAC